UUAUAAUCAGCAGGAUGAAUCCGGGAAGCAACUCAGACGAUGCCAACACGUCAGCUCACGAUAUGGCUCCUGCCGCAAGAGGAGGUGGAGGUUUGUACCUGGAGUCUUACGAGGUGUCUUUCCCACUGGAGGAGGGCACGGAGAGGGCGACCUCGUACCACCAUGGCCAACCGAUAAUGGACGAGGCCAGCAUGCAGGAUGCGCCCCCCUCGCAGUAUAGCCCCUUCAUCCUGGUGUCCAACCUGCGGGCGCACCUCUACGUGGCGCUGGAGAAGAACGCCUGGCUGCAGAAGCGCAUCGAGGAGCUGGAGGAGGAGCGCAACUUCCUGCGCUGCCAGCUGGACCGCCUCAUCGUUGGCGUGCGGGGGCACGAGGAGUGGUGCGGUGACGCCCAUCGCGGCGGUGUGAAGAUGCAACCUGCCAGCCCCACUGACCCGCCGUCACCCAUGACCACACGCUCCGGAAUGACCCUGAAACGCCUGCAAGGACCUCGGCCACGCCACGGGACCGCCAUCCCCGUCAAGCAGGAGUUUCACCUGGAGGAGGAAAAGUUCUACACCGACGACGAGUUCCUGCAGGAGCAGGAGGAGGAGGAGGAGGAGGAGGAAGAGGAGGACUCUUCCCUGGAGGCCGGCACCAAGAAGAAGGGGCGAGGGCGAGCCGGGGAGCCCAGGAUGAAGAAGAUGAGGAUCUUCCGCAUCACCCACGGCAGGGAGAGGCAGAGAGUCAAAGACCCGGAUGGCGUUCUGAUCCGCUACAAGAAGAUCCUGUCCACCUACCAGCGUGUGAGGAGCAUGUCCAGAGCUUUCCAGAUCCACGGUGUGGACCGCAACACCAUGGCCUCCACCUCCCCCAUCGCUGAGCUCCUACUGGUGGCGCCGGAGAAGAUGGACGAAGUGGGCGAGUUCGAGGCGCCCAAGGAGAAGCUUCUGGACUACGCCAGGCGCUGCUACAAAAUCAUGGACGAGCAGACGCAUGUCAAAGUUCAGAACAUGAAGAAAAGUCACAAGCUGCUGCCCAUCUCCUAUCGCUUUAGGAAUUGAUCUCCCGCAUUUUUCUGACGCUUCAUAUUUGACCAGAAGGAAAACAUUUGCACUUUGAAUGACUUCCAAGUUGACGGAAGCUGCUUUAUUAUUGUUAUUAAUAUUAUUUUGUAUUUUGCGCAGAUCUUUAUCAAAGUUUUCUGUGGACAAAUCCUAGAUGAAUGAUAAGAAGUGACCUCAUUUAGUUUGAGAUGAAUAUUAUUUAUGCCUCAAAGUUUUGCACAGUAUGUUUGUUUGGAACACAAAUUAUGUUGUUUGCUGUAUUUAAGUU